UCGGCUGCGGGAGAGAGGGGCGAAGGCCCCGCCGCGCCGAGCCGGGCAGCGUCACGGCACGAUGUUCCCCCUCUGGAAGGCCGUUCUCUCUGAGAGCUUCCUGGGCUACAUUUCAUGGUCUCUUUACCAUGCAUUGCCACCGAUGAUUUAUUACUUCCCCCUUCAGACUCUGGCACUCACAGGUCUGGAAGUUUUUGCUGUUGCCUUCUUUUCUCCAGUAUUGCUGAUAAUUGGCCCUUUUUGGAGGUUGGCUAACAAUAAGUACAUCCUGGCUCUUCUGAGACUGGCUAUGGUUGGAAGCUUAGCAUCAUACCAGGCACCAAAUGCUGCUGUUAGACUGUUCAUCUUGGCUGCAGGGGUUUCCUCCUCAUUGCUGGUUCAAACAGUAACCUGGUGGUCAGGAAACAGUUUACAAAGGUUCAUCAGGGUAUGGGGCUUCAUGCUGGGCAAGAUAAUGCUCCUUGUCCUUCGCAUCUGGUACACAUCACUAAACCCAGUCUGGAGCUCACAAGCUGCCAAUGCUGCCAUACUGACAGUUGGGUUUAUAGCAGCAGUGGAGAGAAUUUACUCAGAUGGAGACAAGAGGAAACAAGAAGCAAACAAACCUGGUAAUGCAGUUAGAGUGACUGUUUCCCACCCACAUUGGCUUUUAUCAGGGAUUGCUUUUGGCAGCCUCAUGUUCCUCACCCUGUGGAUAUUUGGAGAGGUCUCAUUAAUUUCUAGAUGGGCAGUAAGUGGACAUCCACACACAGGUCCAGAUCCUAAUCCAUAUGGAGGUACAGUUCUUUUAGGCCUGGCUCAUGGACUGAUGCUUUCAUUUUGGAGUUGGUCUUCUGUCACUAGCGUUGCCUGGUUUCUUAUAGGUUUAGCAUCUUCAGCUGGUCUCCUUUAUUUACGCACCUGGAGCGCUGCUGUCGCAGGCCAUGUCCUUGCUGUCUUUACUAUGUGUGUGUGGCCUCAGCUGGCUGGACACUUUGUUAGCUGUCAGCAUCCUGGGAAAGCCAUGAGCACAGCCAUGCUUGCCUAUGUUCUUGAAUUGUUCUUCUGUGUGUGGUGUACGGCUUAUAAAUUUGUACCAGGAGGAAUCUAUGCUAGAGAGAGUUCCCAUCUCCUUUUAGGGUUUAUAAUGUUGUGUAUUGGGAUAGACUUUCUAAAAGGACCCAAGCAAGACCUUAGCUCUGUCUUUGAUGUAAAGAGCAACCAAAAGCCACUAUUCAAAAAGACUAAAACCUACAUUAAACUAUUAUUGUGGCUGUUUGUUGGUGUUGGUUUGCUGGGACUGGGUCUACGUUAUAAAACUUAUCAGAAGAAGUUGGGCCAAGGGGUUCCAAAAAGAGACUUCUCUGCUAUGAUCUGGCCUUUUAGAUUUGCAUAUGACAAUGAAGGAUGGUGUAGUCUGGAAGGAUCAGCUAAUUUGCUUAACCAGACAGGUGCAGAUUUUAUCACUAUUAUAGAGAGUGAUGCCUCUAAACCAUUCAUUGGGAACAACGAUCCAACAAUGUGGCUAGGAGAAAGAUUAGGAUUUUACACGGAUUUUGGUCCAAGCACAAGAGAUCACACUUGGGGGAUUAUGGCGCUGUCAAGGUACCCAAUUGUAAAAUCUACACAUCAUCUUCUUCCAUCUCCAGAGGGAGAGAUUGCUCCUGCCAUCUCCAUGACUGUCAACUUCACAGGGAAACUGGUUGAUUUUGUUGUUGCCCACUUUGGAAAUGAAGAAGAGGACUUGGACAGAAAACUCCAGGCUAUAGCUGUUUCAAACCUGCUGAAGACUAGCUCUAAACAAGUUGUAUUUCUAGGAUACAUCACUUCAGCUCCUGGAUCCAGAGAUUAUACUGAAUUAAUUCAAAAUGGAAAUGUCCAGGAUAUUGACAACACAGAUCGUGACAGGUGGUGUAGCUAUAUUAUGUAUCGUGGAGUAAUAAGGUUGGGUUAUGCCCGUAUAUCUCAUGCUGGUUUAAGUGAUUCAGAAGUACAGAUGGCCAAAUUUAGGAUCCCAGAUCACUUGGAUAGUUAUGUUGAUAAUGACAGAAUUGUCACUGAUCCCAGCCAAGUUCCUGAGGACAUCCAUUUCAAUCCCAGGUUUGGAUCUUACAAAGAUGGCCAUAAUUAUGAGCAUAUUCAUCACUUCCAUAUGAGCACUCCUAAAUAUUUUAAGCAGGGAGAUUAGAAUGAGAAAACUCCAUGUUGUGGGGACCAACAGGAAAGGUUUGUUGCUUGAAACUGAACUGGCAGCCAAAAAAGUGGCAUUGUUGGAGGAUG